GUUUUUUGCAGCAGCAGCACUCGGUGUGUGAACGUUGAUGACAGCUUGUGAUUUGCUGGACUCCUUCCGUUUCUAUGAAGUUCACCUUCCUUUACUCUGGUGUGUCCAGAGAUGAAUGUCUUUGUUAUUGUGUUUAACAGCUUUUACAAACUGCAGUCAUUCAUUUUACUGCUGAACAUUCCUUUGGAAAACACGUGUGUAUUUAUUAAGCAGAUCAUUUUUGUCAUUUUGAUAGAAAUCAAACCCAGUCCAGUCUAGGUUUUGGUUUCUGCACGUCUCCUGGUCUGUUCCCCUGUGCUCAGCAGCCUUUUGCUUUGCUUUGUCUUUCUGUUUUCCUCUGAGCUGGUUUUGUACUGUAAGCUUGCUUUUUUGAAGUGCUUGUUUAGCUGCUUGCAGAAAUUGUGCUGAUUAGAGUGAGAACUAUACAACCAGUCCAACAGCCUUAGAGGCUAAAGCACUGAACAGCUGAGCAGAGCUGCCAAUGAGGUGGAAGUUUUGUUUGCUCACUACAAGCAUCGCUUUAAAAUACAUUAUAAAUGAAAGGAAGAGUCACAUCAAAAGCCAAAAUGCUGUAGACUUAAAUCAGGGGUCUCAAACUGGCGGCCCGCGGGCCAUUUGCGGUCCCCAAGUUACUAUUUUGCAGCUCCAGCCUGAAUAUGAAAGUUCAAUGUCUACUAAUCAAUAUCUCCUGCAUGUCCAAACGGCUUUGAUGAUAGCUUUGUGUUUGCUUUGUGAAGUUUCAUCUUUAUGUUUAAAAAUUUGCAUUUGUUAUUGUCGUUGGAUCUGGUUGUCAGAAAAGUCCUUAGCAACAGUUGCUAGUGUUGUUAGCUCCUGUUGUUUUACAGGACACGCAGGAGAUAUUACUUAGUAGUACAUGAACAAGUAGACAUGAACAAAUGUUUAAUAAACUUGUUCAGUAGACAUAGACAGUGAACCAAAGACAUAGAUACACAUAUUUUUUUGCACAAAUAGAGGCCCAUACAGCCCAGCCUCAGCCAGACUCUAGGUUCAGUGGACCCAAGGGAAACUGAGUUUCAGAACUCUGGAUUAAAUGGAACAGAAAUGAGAACAGAGAGAAAUGGUCCUAAAACAACAGCAGGAGUUAGUGGAUGAUCUGAAAGCAGCUGGAACCACAGUCACCAAGAAAACCACUGAGAGAUUGGAGAAGGAGCUGUGGUCAGAUCAGACCAACAUGGAGCUCUUUGGCAUCAACUCAACCGUUUGGAGGAAGAGAAUUGCUGCUGAUGACCCCAAGAACACCAUCCCCCUGUCAAGCACGGAGGACAAUACGAACCUCUACAUGGUGAUGGAGUACGUACCCGGGGGAGAGAUGUUCUCUCACCUACGGAGGAUUGGCAGAUUUAGUGAGCCCCAUGCUCGGUUCUAUGCAGCUCAGAUUGUUUUGACCUUUGAGUACCUGCAUGCUUUAGACCUGAUCUACAGGGACCUGAAACCUGAGAAUCUGCUCAUAGACCAGCAGGGAUACAUUCAGGUGACUGAUUUUGGUUUUGCCAAGAGGGUGAAAGGUCGGACCUGGACACUGUGUGGAACUCCAGAGUAUUUAGCUCCAGAGAUUAUUCUCAGUAAAGGGUAUAACAAGGCGGUGGACUGGUGGGCGUUAGGUGUUCUGGUCUACGAGAUGGCAGCGGGGUAUCCACCUUUCUUUGCUGAUCAGCCCAUUCAGAUCUAUGAAAAGAUUGUAUCGGGAAAGGUGCGUUUUCCGUCUCACUUUAGCUCUGACCUGAAGGACCUCUUGAGGAACCUGCUACAGGUGGAUCUCACAAAACGUUACGGGAACCUAAAAAACGGAGUCAACGACAUCAAAGGACACAAGUGGUUUGCAACAACUGACUGGAUCGCCAUCUACCAGAAGAAGGUGGAAGCUCCUUUUGUUCCGAAGUUUAAAGGACCUGGAGACACCAGCAACUUUGACGACUAUGAAGAGGAGGAGAUUCGUGUUUCCUUCUCAGAGAAAUGUGCCAAGGAGUUUGCUGAGUUCUAAAUUAGAGGUGGUGAGGAAGAAUGAUGCUGGUUAUGAUGACGAGACUUCAGUCUCCAGACAGAAACACCAGCUGAUGAAAGCAGAACAAAAGGGAACUGAUAACCAGCAGUGUUGCCUUUUUCUUUUUUGUCUUUUUUAUGUUACCGUUUUAUUUCUAAAUCCCUUUAUACUGAAGCUCUGCUUCACGGGCAUCAAGAGCCUGUUUUGUUUAGAUAUGCCGAAGCGUAUUUUCAAACAGGUCUUCUCUAUAGUUUGAGUUUUUCUGCCGUAACACUGAGGAUUUUCAUCGUUUCUGCGCUGGCUCCUUUCUGUCUCACCAGAACAGAACGUUUCAGCUGCAAACUUCCUGAAGUUAGAACCCAUAACCUGCAAACUCACGUCUUCUUUCUUGUGUCUAGAAUACAAACACAUGUGCAUGUACAGACACACACACGUCCUUCAGUAUAGCAGCCACAUUGAAGUUGUUCAUGUGAAUCCUGAUUUCACCUCACUUUGAUGCUAGUUUAUCCACAUCACGGAUGGAUGGAUGGUACAAGAAAGAAGUCAGCUGCCAAACCUCAUCCAUUGUAUUGCAUAUGAGAAAUGGACUGUGUGAUCCCUCCCCAGGAAGUACCGCUGUUCAAAGAAUCCCACAAAUACUUCUAAAGAUAAAUAAAGUCAGUCAUUCUAUUGGUCAGAAUCAAAA